AUGGUAAAGGAACUGCCAGUCAAUUUUACGGUCAUUCAGCUAUAUAGUCGUUUACCAAAUCAAGAUUAUUCUGGAACAAGCUAUUCAACAUAUUAUACUAGUACACUGUCCACAUAUUAUGGUGCAACAGUUAUCGGUACUGUUUGUAAGUAUUAUCUUUUUUGGAAAAUUUUGUUUUGUUGCCGAGAAAUUCUAUUUUUUCGAAAUCACUGAACAAAUAAUGAAACUGAAAUAAUGAAAUAAUGAAACGGGCCGUUUUCUCUAUUAGAAAUCAACUUUUCGACACAAAAAAGGCCAGCUUCGAAAUCAGCGUUACAAACUGAGUUGGAAAAUAUGUGUUUCGGGAUCUUUGAAGUAGUCCGUAUUGUUUCGAUUUUUCUCGAUUUUCUUAAAACUUAAAAAUAAAACGCGGGAUUUUCACUAAAAAUCUGAAAUUCCCGAAAAUACCCGAAACGCAGUUUUCAACUUUGGUUUUAACACUGAUCCCCCAAAUAGCCUUUUCUUUUGUCGAAAAGUUGAGUUUUAAUGGAGAAAACGGCAAAAUACGCGCCAAAUUUUAUUAUUUUUUCACUGGUCUCUCGGAAACAAAACAAAAUUUUCCAAAAAGGAUGCUUAACCUUUUUUUCACAAGUAUCGCGAUCAGAAUGAAGUAAAAGAAAGAAUUUUAUCUCGAAAAUCGUAGGACUAGAUAAGUUCCUAGAAUUGACCGGCAGCCCCUUUACCAUUCUGCUUGUACUCCGCAGAUUCUGAGUCCAUUUUAGCUUCUAAAGUUACCAGAAUUAGCUUUCCAGACUCAGUUUUUGGUGGAAAAUAAGAAAAAAGUGGUUUUGAAAUUUCGAAACGCUAUCAAACAUGAAAAUUUCACUGUUUUUUCCUGCAGUUCAAAAAGCCAAUAUUUUUCAAUCUUUUCUUGCAAAAAUGACGUUGAAAAAUCUUAAGAAAAGGAAAAAUUGGCCUUUUCCUAUCUAAGUCGGUGAGCUUUAUCCAACGAUGCCAAAAAGAAGUGAAACAAAAAUCAUGCUAUAUCUUUGGAUUGGCAGCACAUUAUUUCCCUUUCAUGUCACAAACUUUAUUCAGGAUUAGUAGGUGAAAGAAAAGCUUUGGGCAGAACACUCAGAAACAAUUUGGUAUUGGGCCAAUGCUCAGAUCGUGUUGGGCCAUGGCCCACUGGCCUCCCCCGUAGUUACGCCUAUGGUCGGCUGUAUACGACUCGUUAGAAGAGUGAUACUGAGCGUUAAAGUAUUGCACAACUUUAUUGUUGUACAUGAUAUAUGACAGAACGUCAAAGUUUACUUUUGCAGUAUUUUACUGCAGAAGUGAAAUUUGUUCGGUUCUGUCUACUGUCUGUACAAGGAUUGUCGUUGUGUGAUAAAUCUUUGCUGCAUAUUCACUCAUACAUUGAUGAAAUAUCAAUAAUACCUUGUUGAUUUUUGAUGAUUCUUUGUUUUGUUUUUUAGCAUCUUCUAUUUUGUCCCGCAAGUCGAGUUCUAAAGGGUGGUCUUCUAUUGCGGUCAAGUUUUGUCGCCUGCUAGUAGUCCAACGGUAACCUCACGUACUUGAGGUCCGUUCCCUACUCGAAGCACGUUUUGGCGAAAUUUUUUUUGAAAAUUCCGCUAUAGGUAGGUAUAGGGCAUUUCGGAUUUUUUUCGCGGACAUAAUAGAAGACCACUGGUCUUCUAGGAGUUACAAGACCAUGGUCUUCUAUUUGGCUUUCAAGUCAUAUAAUCGGCAGUGGUCUUCUAAUAGGGGAUGGUCUUCUAUUAUGGAGGGGGGUUUAUAUGAAAAAAACGUUUCUAAGAGUGCAAAAAGAAACCUAUUUAAAGUGAAUGAAGCAAAGGUAUAAACAAUAAAGAACGAAUUGCAUCAUUAGAGAAAGAAAUAACACAUCCAUCAAGAUGUAACUGUAAUUUCAAUAAACUGUUGAUAAAUCAUAAUGUUCCAUUUGAAUGAAUUUAAGAGAUGGAAAUGAAAUAAAUUGCAUCAUAUUGAAUAAUUGCAAAGAAAUCAUCUGUGCAUUAACUUUAUUGUCAUCGUUAGUAAGCGUAUUUGUGUUAGCAAAGCUAUAAAAUGAUUAAGUUGACAAGGAGUCAAGCAUGCGUUUAUUUGUACUAACUAGAGAGAAAAAAAAAGCACCUUUCAAUCGUAAUCGACAAGUACUAAAAAUCUCUAUUGUUUUUCGAUGCUUCCAAUGACUCACACAAAAAUCUAGAGAGGUUUACAAAAUGACUCACCCUUCUUUUCCAAUGGUCCAUUCGAACGUCCAUGGUGGACAGGCAUUUACCUUUGAUGGUGGUGCCGGUUAUAAAAGCGGGUGGAAACUUCAAGUAAUAGGUGUGUUACAUCGGAAUCCUAUUUCGGGAACCAUCAUACAAACCGAAUAAAAGUCAGGUCUUAAGGGUUUCUCAAGAUCUUCUUUCUUUUACUCUUUAGAAACUUUUCUCCAAAACCCUU